AUGCGAAAAUAUCUGGAGAUGUCGUGCAAGUGGAAAUGCAGUAGUCGAUUGCCGAGCGUCCGGGAUGAAGGAGACGGUGUCGGGUGCAGGAUUGAGCGUGAGCCUCCAGAUGAGGAGCUCUCAAGGAGUUGCAUUGCAACCUUUGAGGGCCAGCACCUUUCGUUUCUGGCUGCUGUGCGAGAUCUGCAAACUCGACAUCCCAACGACAGCAAAGCCAACAGUGUUCUCCAGCAACUACAGGCCAGCGGCUUUGAUCUGGAACUAGCGAGCCCUCCGAUUCACCCUUUCACAGCUGCUACAUGA